AUGGCCACUUCAGAAUUACUUAAAAGCAGAAGCUUCUAUUCCCUGGAGACUGUUGCUUCCCAGUUAGGGAAAACUUAUCUUGGGAGUGAAAUUCUGAAUCUUAAGUAUGACUUCUUUCUCCUGCAGGUUGGAAAAGAGACUGUGCAGACAACAGAGGACCAGAUCUUGAAAAGGGACAUGCCACCAGCAUUUAUCAAAGUGGAGAACGCCUGCACCAAACUUGUUCGGGCAGCCCAGAUGCUGCAAGCAGAUCCUUAUUCUGUCCCGGCUCGUGACUAUCUAAUUGAUGGAUCGAGAGGCAUCCUUUCUGGAACGUCAGACUUACUUCUGACUUUCGAUGAAGCAGAGGUCCGUAAAAUCAUCCGUGUCUGCAAAGGAAUAUUGGAAUAUCUGACUGUGGCGGAAGUAGUGGAGACUAUGGAGGAUUUGGUGACAUACACGAAGAAUCUAGGACCAGGAAUGACAAAGAUGGCCAAAAUGAUUGAUGAGAGACAACAGGAGUUAACUCAUCAGGAACACAGGGUUAUGCUGGUAAACUCCAUGAAUACCGUGAAGGAGUUAUUGCCAGUACUUAUCUCAGCUAUGAAGAUUUUUGUAACCACGAAAAAUUCUAAAAGCCAUGGAAUAGAAGAGGCAUUGAAAAAUCGCAAUUUCACGGUAGAGAAAAUGAGUGCUGAGAUAAAUGAAAUAAUCCGUGUAUUACAGCUCACUUCCUGGGAUGAAGAUGCCUGGGCGAGCAAGGACACUGAAGCCAUGAAAAGAGCUUUAGCCUUAAUAGAUUCAAAGAUGAACCAGGCAAAAGGUUGGCUGAGAGAUCCAAAUGCACCUCCAGGGGAUGCUGGUGAGCAAGCAAUACGGCAGAUCCUUGAUGAAGCUGGGAAAGCAGGAGAGCUGUGUGCAGGCAAAGAACGCAGAGAGAUUCUGGGAACGUGCAAAACGCUGGGCCAGAUGACUGAUCAGCUGGCUGACCUCCGAGCUCGAGGCCAGGGUGCGACACCCAUGGCUAUGCAGAAGGCACAGCAGGUGGCACAAGGUCUGGAUUUGCUCACUGCAAAAGUGGAGAAUGCAGCCCGCAAACUGGAGGCCAUGACAAACUCUAAGCAGGCAAUUGCUAAGAAGAUUGAUGCUGCGCAGAAUUGGCUUGCAGAUCCUAAUGGGGGCAGUGAAGGAGAGGAACAUAUUCGGGGAAUUAUGGCUGAAGCAAGAAAAGUUGCAGAAUUAUGUGAGGAGCCCAGAGAAAGAGAUGAUAUCCUUCGUUCCUUGGGGGAAAUCUCUGCUUUGACAGCUAAGCUAUCAGAGCUGCGGCGACAUGGGAAAGGUGACUCUCCUGAGGCCCGUGCGUUGGCUAAGCAAAUAGCUACAUCACUUCAGAAUUUACAGUCCAAAACAAACAGGGCUGUAGCAAAUACUAGGCCAGUGAAAGCAGCUGUCCAUUUGGAGGGCAAGAUUGAGCAAGCUCAAAGGUGGAUAGACAAUCCUACAGUUGCUGAUCGGGGAGUAG